AUGAACCGAAGAAGAAGCUUUGCUGCUUGCAGCAUCUGGAAGCAGCAAAGAGAGGCAACUAAAGGGCCGCGAGCCUUGUUUCCAGCAGCAGCAGCUGCAGCAGCAGCAGCAGCAGCAGCAAGCAGCAGCCUCAACAAGCAGGGGCAGCUGCAGCAAGCAGCAGCGGCAGCGAGCAGCAGCAGCUGCAGCAAGCAGCAGCAGCUGCAGCAAGCAGCAGCAGCCGCAGCAAGCAGGAGCAGCCGCAGCAAGCAUCGGCUGCAGCAAGCAUCAACUGCAGCAAGCAGCAGCUGCAACAGCAGCAGCAUCAGCUGCAACGGCAGCAGCAUCAGCAGCAGCAUCAGCUGCAACAGCAGCAGCAUCAGCUGCAACAGCAGCAGCAUCAGCUGCAGCAGCAGCAGCAGCAGCAGCAGCUGCUGCCGGUAG